UAAAUAAAUAAAAAAAUUAACUUAUUCUUCUUUCCAUUCAAUUUGUACACGUGGCAUCAACUGAUUCCCCACUCUCAAAAGUCCCUCACCAUGAAAUUCCAUUUAUGUUUCAAACUUCUCCCAAAUUACAUUCAGAGCCCACCAGACAUCACGAGUUGAGUCGCCGUACUUUCUCUGCCUCUGGAUAGAAAUAGAUACGGAAGAUCUACGUUUUCCGUCUUCGAUCCUCUAAACCAAGCAAUGGAUUUGGAUGAGGGUGCUGAAGCAAUAGAGAGCUUCACAAGAGUGGAGACAGUGGCAGUCCCAUUUGAAGGAGAUUCAAUUGCAGAACCACAUGAAGGUAUGGAGUUUGAGUCUGAAGAUGCUGCCAAGAUAUUUUAUGAUGAAUAUGCACGGCGAGUAGGCUUUGUUAUGCGUGUGAUGUCUUGUCGUCGAUCUGAAAGAGAUGGGAGGAUUCUUGCUCGUCGACUUGGAUGUAAUAAGGAGGGUCAUUGUGUUAGUAUACGAGGUAAAUUUGGCCCUGUCAGAAAGCCUCGGCCAAGCACUAGGGAAGGCUGUAAGGCAAUGAUUCAUAUUAAGUUAGAUAAAUCGAGAAAGUGGGUGAUAACAAGAUUUGUAAAGGACCAUAACCAUCCACUUGUAGUUGCUCCACGUGAGGCUCGUCAAACAAUGUUUCAUCAUUUUAAAGCGGAAGGCUUGAGUCAAUUGAUUUUUGCUAUUCUUCAGCAAUUUAAUAUUUCAUCUCAUAAACAGGAUGAAAAAGAUAAGAAAAUUCAAGAACUAACUGCUGAGCUACGGAACAAGAAACGACUAUGUGCAGCAUAUCAAGAACAUCUGACCGCAUUCAUGAAAAUUGUUGAAGAGCAUACCAGCCAAAUAUCAAAGAAAGUUCAAAAUGUAGUCAACAACCUGAAGAACUACGAGACCAUAGAUCUGGAGCUAUUGCAACAUAGAUAGUCUCAGUCAUCGGUGUAUGUCUACCGACACCUCUUCCACUAAAAGCUCUGAUAAUUAUCAUCUCAUAGUAACUCCUGGAUCAGUUGAUGAGAAUGCAUCAUAUAAUUUGUUCACUUAUAACCGUUAGAUUUUUCCAUUUAUUUCUGUGGGUGUAGAGUCUAGCAGAAUUGUGUAAAAAUAGGGUUUCCAAGUGCAAAUGCUCAGAUGAGAAGAACUGCUACUUAAUUCAACGAUACCGAGGGAGGGUUAGAGUUGUAUGGAGAGUGCCCCAAUCAAGACACUGCAAUUGGGGACCGACAUUUUUCUUUUGGAUUAAUGUCAUAAAUGAUCUUUCAAUUAUAAUGAAACUUUAAAAAUUUUUAAUGUGAUACUUGAACAAUAAAUUUGUUCGUCACUUGUCAUCAUUUGAAAUUAAUCACAUUAAAGGUGAAUAUCAUAUU